AUGACUUCUCGGGAGCAGCUGGUGCAGCAGGUGCUGCGGGAUCUUCAGGAGGCCGUGGAGUCGGAGGGCCUGGACGGUCUGGUCAGCGUUGCCCUGGAAGCCAAGCAGGUCCUGGCAUCCUUCACCCUCCCCACGUGCCGCAACAGUGGCCCGGGGCCUCAGGUGCUGGAGGUGGACUCCGUGGCCCUGAGCCUGUAUCCGGAAGAUGCUCCGCGCAACAUGCUGCCCCUGGUGUGCCCGGGCGAGGGCAGCCUGCUGUUCGAGGCAGCCAGCAUGCUGCUGUGGGGGGACGCGGGCCUCAGCCUGGAGCUGCGGGCCCGCACCGUGGUGGAGAUGCUGCUGCACCGCCACUACUACCUGCAAGGCAUGAUCGACUCCAAGGUGAUGCUGCAGGCCGUCCGCUACUCUCUGUGCUCCGAGGAGUCUCCCGAGAUGACCAGCUUGUCUUCUGCCACCCUGGAGGCCAUCUUCGACGCCGACGUCAAAGCCACCUGCUUCCCGACCAGCUUCUCCAACGUGUGGCACCUGUACGCCCUCGCCUCGGUCCUUCAGCGCAACAUCUACUCCAUCUACCCCAUGCGCAACCUCAAGAUCCGACCCUAUUUCAACCGGGUCAUCCGGCCUCGCCGCUGCAGCCACAUGCCGUCCACGCUGCACAUCAUGUGGGCUGGCCAGCCCCUCACCAGUCACCUCUUCCGCCACCAGUACUUUGCACCUGUGGUGGGCCUGGAGGAGGUGGAGGUGGAGGUGCAGGCGGCGGAUGGCGCUGCUGGCCUGGCCUCCGCACCUCCGGCCCAGGGUCCCCUGCUGCCGCCAGCCAAGACGCUGGACCUGCUCAACCGGGAGCCGGGCCUCACUUAUUCCCACCUGUGCGAACGCUACCACAUCACCAAGAGCACCUUCUACCGCUGGCGGCGGCAGACCCAGGAGCACCGGCAGAAGGUGGCCACUCGCUUCUCAGCCAAGCACUUCCUGCAGGACAGUCUGCACCACGGGGGCCUCGUGCCCUUGCAGCAGUUCCUGCAGCGCUUCCCCGAGGUAUCCCGCUCCACCUACUACGCCUGGAAGCACGAGCUACUCGGCUCCGGCGCCUGCUCGGCCGCGGGCCCCGCCCCUGGCCCCGCCCCCGGCGAGGAGCUGGCAGGGGCCGAGCUGGACACGGCCGCAGCCCAGAGCCUGGGGGCCGCCCAGCUGGCACCGUCAAACCCUGGGCUGGUCCUAAUGCAGCGGGCCAAGUCCUAUCUGGAGCAUUGCAUCUCUCUGAACACGCUGGUGCCCUACCGCUGCUUCAAGUGCAGGUUCCCUGGCAUCUCCCGGUCCACCUACUACAACUGGCGGCGAAAGGCCCUCAGGAGGAACCCCAGCUUCAGGCCAGACCCAGCCCUGGCGACCACCGGGGCUCUGCAGCCAGCUCCUGUUGGCGAAGGGGCUAACUUACUCUCUUGGGAGGAGGAUAAAGCGGGCGGCGAGGGGACAGGGAAGGAAACGAGUGGGGGGCCCCCCAAUCCUCAGGAGCUCUUGCCCCCGAAGCUGCCCCUGUCGCGAUGGCAGCGGCGCCUGCGCAGGGCUGCCCGCAAGCAGGUGCUAAGUGGACAUCUGCCCUUCUGCCGGUUCCGCCUCCGCUAUCCGAGCCUGUCACCCUCCACCUUCUGGGCGUGGAAAAGUCUUGCCCGGGGCUGGCCCAGGAUGCAGGCUCCCUCUUUGGUCAAAAGAGGACAGGAACAGGAAGAACAGCAGGAGCCAGAGGAACCACAGGAGAUGGAAGGUGUCAGGAGCGUGACAGCAGUGAUGGUCCCUCCUAUGGAGCCCCUGCCUGUGGUGGCUUCUCGGGAAAAGAAUGCACAGGAAACCCAGGGAGGGCCUUCGGAAGAGAGGGCCCUUGAAGAGGGGGCUGUGACCCAGGGCCAGCCCCACACCCAGUCCCUGUCCAGUCAGCCUGUGACAGUGCCAGCAGCAGCAGCAGCAGCAGCAGCAGGUCACAGGGAUGGCCAGGUGCUGGUGAUGGACAUGCUCAGUACCACGAAGUUCAAGGCCCAGGCCAAGUUAUUCUUGCAGAAGCGCUUUCAGUCCAAGAGCUUCCCCUCCUUCAAGGAGUUCCGAGCCCUCUUCCCCCUCACUGCCCGUUCUACCUACUACAUGUGGAAGCGGGCACUCUAUGAAGGCCUCACCCUGGUGGACGGCUGA